AUGUUGGAGGAAUGAAUCACUUAUAUACUUUUCUUAUGUGGAUUAUAUGCAGUGAUAUGCUGAAUUCUCAGAAUUUCUUAUUGCGCAAGAGCUUUAACUUCUAAUACAGAUUUGUCUCUAUAUGGCAGAGGAAGCUGAGCACUAGUCACAGGAUCUUCUGACGGAAUAGGUUUUGGCUUCGCAGAGUACUUGGCUUCUCAAGGUUUCAACAUUAUUCUUAUAGCAAGAAAUCAAGAAAAACUAGAAAAGUCAGCUCAGUCACUAGAAGAAAAAUAUCCAAUCAAAACCAGAAUUUUUUCUAAAGACUUUUCCCUUGCCUCGAAAUCUCCAAUCGACUUCUUUCAAGACUUAAGAGAAAAAACAAACGACUUGGACAUAAGCAUAAUUGUUAAUAAUGUUGGAUUUGGCCCAGUUCCAACUUAUUUUUGCAGUUACCCAGAAAACGAAGUGUAUUUGGCAAAUUCUUUAAACAUAUUUCCAGUGGUUUUUAUAACAAAACUAUUUUUGCCUAGGCUAUUGGAAAGGAAGAAUAGAAGCGCAUUUAUCAAUGUGAGUUCUCUUGGAUCCUGCUUUCCUGGACCUUGGUUUUCCUUAUAUUCUUCUGGAAAAGGUUUUAUUGAUAACUUUUCACUUAUUAUUAAUGAAGAAGUCAAAUAUUUGUGCAGGGGAAAACCUGCCACUAUAGAUGUAUUAGUUGUCAAGCCUGGCUUUGUGGAUUCUCCUAUGAGCCGGCAUAUUAAAAUAAGGCCAUAUUUAAUUUCUGCAGGAGAGUGCGCAUUAAAUUGCUGUAAAGCUCUUGGCAAAGUUGCUUAUAUGCCUGUGAGCUGGAAGCAACUUUAUAUGUAUGCUGCUAGAACAGUUUUAUAUGAUUUUGGUCCAUCUAUAAGAACAAAUAAAACAGUCAUGGGACUGACUUCAAAAUAUCCUAAGCUCAGUUAUAUCCUUAAAAUUUAA